AUGAAGCUGCUCUUUGUCAUGCUUGCCUUGCUCUUCUUUUGGGACCCAACGCUGGCAGGCUUGAAUCCACUGGCAGCAGAAAUACACAAAAAAUGCUACAGGAAUGGUAUCUGCAGACUUGAGUGCUACACAAGCGAAAUGUUAGUUGCUAACUGUGGGUUUCAGCUGGAAUGCUGUGUCAAAGGAAACCCAGACCCCUGA